AAAAAAAUUUAAUACUAACAAGUUAAACUAUACUAACAAAACCCUAUUAACUUACUAAUGCUAACUAAUAAACUAAUAAUAACUGAAAAAAUUAAUUGUCAGUAAAUUCCACUUAACACCACUCCGAGUCCUCAUACAUCCCCGUCAAACCCGAAGCGACCCGAACUCCACUCACUAGUUAUAGUACUAGCAUUUAGGAAAGAGAUUACAAUUAAAUUAGAUACAAGUCAUAAUAUCUGAAAUGUUACAUAAAUUUUACAUAUUUAAAUCUUCAGCUUCAGGAUAAGAUUCGAAAAACCGUAGGAUAGCAUUUAGAUGACAUGUAAAUUUCCUAAUUAAGUAUUGUUCUUGAAAUAAAAUCCGAUAAAUAGCUUUAGUUCAUGGAAUAUUAAUUUUGAAAUGUAAAUUUUUCGCUAACUAUGUAUAUUAGUUAUAAGGAUAUUUGUACUUUGACUCCUAGAUUCUGCCUCUGUGCGUCCGCACAAGCAUACGUCCUAUUCGAUCUGCACUCGCCUGUGGUGGUAACUGUACGAGACGGGUAUGGCUGGAUAGUCAACGGAUACUUCAAGAUAAUUCAUGUGAUCAACCUAGCCCGCUAUGAAGAAAUCGCAAGUCGUCUGGAAGCCGAAGUCACCAGGCUGAAUGAAACCAAUGAUAUCACGGAUGUCCUUGCCUAUCACUUAGAGAAGGUUCAAAUCCAACUUAAUGAGCUAAAAGGUCCAAAAUACAAAAGAAAUAAGCGUGCAAUCAAUUGGAUAGGAUCGGCUUGGAAAUGGAUUGCCGGUUCUCCCGACGCGUCCGAUUGGGAUGAGGUACUUCGAUCCCAGGAUUCGCUAGUACUAAACAACAACCAACAGUACAGGGUAAAUAAUGAAAUAUUUAAGAAAACUCAUGAGCUAUUGCAGGUGGUCAACGGCAUGGUAACCGUCACAAACGGCAUCCUGGGGCAUAACCACGUUAUGAAACUAUCAGAAGAAAUCCUGCACAAAGUAAUGAUCUUGAAGGAUGAUGUCAAUGAGUUUGUUCAAGCCUGUCAAAUGGCCAAGGCUGGAGUGAUUAACAGCAACCUGCUAAACAAAGAGGAAAUCAACGAAUUGAUCAGCGAAAUCGAAGUCCUUCCAUACGCUAACGUCAUCGAAGCCGUCGAAUACGGCGAACCAUCAAUCUACACGAAUGGUACCUUGCUACUUUACGUUUUGUCCAUGCCAAAAGUGGAUCAAACGAGAUUCAACAAUCUUAUCACUCGAGCUAUUACAAAAAAUGGUCAUCGGCUGGAUUUAAGGUACAGCCAAGUUCUAAUCAACAAAAAGCAAACAUAUGGCGUCAAGGAUAAGUGCAUUCAUCUGACAAGCGCAAUGGUAUGCAAGCAGGAUGCAUUGGACCUACUACGCGAAGAAGAUUGCCUGCCGCGACUGCUCAAAGGUGGCGAGACCAGUUGCCGCUACGUAAGCUGCAACGACUCAACGAUUGAGGUCAUCAAAGAGGACACGAUCUUAUUGGACAACGUCAAUGACACGGUAUGGUCAGGUGAAACCCCCAACUAUUUGAACGGCUCCUACAUUCUUCAACUGGAAAACGAAACUAUUCGAAUUGAUGAUAAAACUUACUGGAGCAUGAGCAGCUCAGGCGUUCAAAUACUCCCACCUGUGCUAUCUACUAUAAAGAAUAAAAGCCUCGCCGUCAAUCUGAAUCUUGUCCACGAGAUGACUAUUGGAAAUGUUAAACUUCUGAGAUACCUAAAGGACAGGACCAAUUGGUUUACAGCUUCGGAAACUCUGGGCUUGUUUUUGCUAUUAAUUCUCAUUUGGAUAGUUUGGAGGAAGCUAACAAAAGGGACAGCACUUCCUAAAGUAAGAUUGUCCAUACUACAGACGGAUCCUCAGGCACGAAGAAAGGAAGACACCUGUCCACGCUCGGAUCUGCGGGACGCAGAUCUUUAGAGGGGGAAGAGUUAACACUCCCCAGAGUUAACUUGCUGCGGCGCUCCCACUGUUGCCCACUACACGUGCCGCUAA